GGAUGAGCCCCCAGUCAAAACUUUUCUUUUUGGUUCGAAGCAUCGUAUUUAUCUUCAACACCUAACUAAGUUUUCAAGAUCAUUGAUUGGCUAGAAAGUGUGUCUAUAUAUAUAUAUAUAUAUAUUAGUGCUUUAUCAUCCAAUGUGGCUUGCAGUUCAGUAUAUGCCAUUUCUGUAGCAAUGGUUUCUCAAAGAGUGAGUUUGAUAAUCAUACUGGUUUUUCAUGUCGUAGUUUCCGUUCUAUCAGCUAAACCCAUCUUGGAAACUGAAGUUGAGGCCUUGAAAGCCUUCAAAAGUUCCAUUACUGAUGACCCAUUUGGAGCACUUGCAGAUUGGACUAAUGUGAACCACCAUUGCAACUGGUCUGGUAUUGCCUGUGAUCCUUCCUCUGAUCGUGUCAUUUCGAUUUCUUUGGUUUCAAAGCAGCUCAAAGGCCAGAUAUCUCCAUUCCUAGGAAACAUUUCAGGCCUCCAGGUUCUUGAUCUAACUUCAAAUUCAUUCACUGGUCAUAUUCCAGCUCAACUGGGACUUUGCUCCCAUCUUUUUGAGCUUAUUCUGUAUCAAAAUGCUCUUUCAGGUUCAAUCCCACCAGAACUAGGAACACUAAGAAAUUUGCAAUUGCUAGAUUUGGGUGAAAAUAGUUUAAAUGGAAGCAUACCAGAAAGCAUUUGCAAUUGCACUGUAUUGUUAGGUUUCGAUUUCUCUUUCAACAAGCUCACUGGUACAAUCCCACCAAACAUAGGAAAUUUGAUUAAUCUGCAGAAUCUUUUAGUAUCCACCAACAACUUGGUAGGGUCAAUACCUGCUUCCAUUGGCAAGUUAGGAGCUUUACAAGCUCUUGACUUGAGUGUUAACCAGUUUUCUGGAUUAAUACCCUUGGAGGUUGGUAAUCUGUCAAACUUAGAGUAUCUCCACUUGUUUGAGAAUUCUUUAGCUGGGGAAAUACCACGUGAACUCGGUCACUGUAAGAAGCUUGUUUCUUUGGAACUCAGCAGCAAUCAGUUCAGUGGAGGCAUUCCUUCUGAGCUAGGAAACUUGGUCCUCUUAGAAAGACUGCAGUUGUAUAAGAAUCUUUUAAAUUCCACCAUCCCACUUUCCAUAUUUCAGUUGAAAUACUUAACCCAUUUAGGUCUCUCACAGAAUGAGUUAAUUGGAAAAGUACCAUCUGAGAUUGGAAAUUUAAGAUCAUUACUGGUAUUGACCCUGUAUUCCAAUAAGUUUACAGGAAAUAUCCCUUUAUCAUUGACAAACUUGUCAAAUCUUACAGUCUUGAGUAUGAGCUUCAAUUUCCUCUCAGGGGAGCUUCCAUCUGACAUAGGAUUGCUUUAUAAUCUGAAGAACUUGACCAUGAAUAACAACUUUCUUGAGGGAUCCAUCCCAUCUAGUAUCAUCAAUUGUACCCAUCUUCUAGAUAUUGCUUUAGCUAAUAAUGGACUAACUGGGAAAAUUCCUCAAGGAUUGGGACAGUUGUCAAAUCUCACUCAUCUAUUACUUUCCUCAAAUAAAAUGAUUGGAAAAAUCCCAGAUGACCUCUUUAAUUGCUCAAAUCUUCAAAUUUUAGAUUUGGGAAUCAACAAUUUUAGUGGGUUGCUGAAACCAGAAAUUGGAAAACUCUAUAAUCUCCAGAUUUUGAACAUCGUCUCCAAUUCCUUUGUUGGACCAAUUCCUCCAGAAAUUGGCAAUUUAAGCCAACUUAUCCUUCUAUCACUUGCUGAGAAUAGAUUUUCAGGUCUAGUUCCACCACAGUUAUUCAAGAUCUCUCACCUCCAAGGGCUGUCUCUGCAUGACAAUGCCUUGGACGGAGCUAUACCAGAGAAACUUUCUGAACUUGAGCAACUUACUACACUUUAUUUGCAGCACAACAAGUUUACAGGUCCAGUACCAGAUGGUAUCUCUAGACUCGAGUUCCUCUCACGUCUAGACCUCCAUGGUAACAUGCUCAAUGGAUCCAUUCCAAUAAGCAUGAAGAACCUUAAUCGACUUACAGUGUUGGAUCUCUCUCACAAUUACCUUUCAGGAUCAAUUCCAGGGUCUGUGAUUGCAAGUAUGAAAAGCAUGCAAAUAUAUUUGAACCUCUCAUACAAUUUCUUGGAAGGAGCUCUUCCAGAUGAGCUUGGUAAGCUGGAAAUGGUAGAAGCAAUCGACAUAUCCAAUAACAAACUUACGGGGAUAAUUCCUAAGACAAUUGAAGGCUGCAAGAAUUUGUUCUCCAUUGAUCUGUCGAGGAAUAAUCUAUCAGGUUCAAUUCCAGCUGAAGUUUUUGCUGCAAUGGACGUGCUCACAAACUUGAACCUCUCUAAUAAUAACUUAGAGGGUGAACUGCCAGAAAAGUUGGGGACUUUAAAGCAUCUUAUAUCCGUAGACCUUUCUAGAAAUCAGCUGAAGGGCAAUAUCCCUGAGAGCUUGACUAAUUCUUCCACUUUGAAGCACCUGAACCUCUCUUUCAACCAACUUACAGGCCAUGUUCCGGAGUCUGGAAUCUUCAGAAACAUAAGCCCAUCUAGCUUGAUAGGUAAUUCAGAUCUUUGUGGAACCAAAUUACUCAAAGCAUGCAGCAAUACGAAUUCACACAAGAUAUCCAAGAAAAUCAUGUUGAUUCUCCUGGCACUUGGUUCUGUUAGUGUACUCCUAAUUCUAGUUUUCACUCUUAUGGUCCUCCACCGAUGCAGGAAAACCCGUAAUUCAAAGAAGACAGAAAAUCCGGAACCCGGAUUUGCUUCAGCAAUGACCCUCAAGAGGUAUGAUCAGAAGGAUUUAGAAAUGGCUACAAAUUUCUUCAGUGAAGAUAAUAUCAUGGGUUCAAGCAGUUUGAGCACUGUGUACAAAGGUCAAUUGGAUGGAGAGACUGUAGCUAUAAAGAAACUGAAUCUGCAACAGUUCUCUGUGGAAUCAGAUAAGUGCUUCAAUAGAGAAAUCGAUACCCUGAGCCAACUUAGGCAUAGGAAUUUGGUGAAAAUACUUGGUUAUGCUUGGGUAAGUGGAAAACUAAAGGCGUUGGUUCUAAAAUACAUGGAAAAUGGGAACUUGGAGAGCAUUAUACACCAUCAUGGAGCAGAUCAGCAUGGAUGGACAUUAUCUGAAAGAAUCAAAGUUUGCAUUUCCAUUGCUAGCGGGUUGGACUACUUGCAUUGUGGAUAUGAUUUCCCCAUUGUUCACUGUGACUUGAAACCUUCAAACAUCCUUUUGGAUGGAGAUUGGGAGGCCCAUGUGAGUGACUUCGGAACAGCUCGAAUGCUUGGCGUUCAGCUUCAGAAUGGAAAUAGUCUUUCCUCAACAUUAUCUUUUCAAGGCACCGUGGGCUACUUGGCACCAGAGUUAGCAUACAUGAGCAAGGUCACAACAAAGGUUGACGUAUUCAGCUUCGGCAUAAUUAUGAUGGAGUUCCUAACAAAGCAAAGGCCAACAGGACUCAUAGAAAUGGAUGGAAUGCCAAUAAGCUUGUGCCAAAUGGUGGAAAAUGCACUUGAAAAUGGUAUAAUGCUUCAAGUUCUAGACCCUUUACUUGCUUUCAAUGUCUCCAAAAAGGAGGAAGAAGUAAUAGAAGACCUGCUAAAACUAGGGUUGAGUUGCACCAAUCCAAAUCCUGACAACCGUCCCAGCGUGAAAGAUGUUCUUUCAACCCUUUUGAAGCUAAAAAAAGGGUAAGCUAUCUAGUAUCACACUAUUCUGGUUGAUGGUUGUAAUCUUAAUGGAAUAUGGAACUGGAACAACUCUGUAGAGUUCACUAUGUACUAGUUAUCGAUUCAAUGUCAACUUUUCAAGUUUUUUC